UUAAAUGAAUCGAAAACGCAAAUGCAGUGCCGAGUGAAAUACGUCACAAGUGUUUUAUAAAUUAUAUGGACAGUUUAAUUAAAAUUUGUGUUUCCAACUUUUUGUUUUUGCUAUCAAAAAAUAAAAAGCGUCGUGCACCAUACAUCGAAGAGACGGCCAUAAAUAAAAGUGUAGGUUGGAAAGAAAAAUACGAAGAAAAUUUUGCAGUUUUUUUUUUCCUCUUGACGGUUGGCGCUUGCGUUCGCAUCUGAGCCUAAAGCUGCUUGCCUGCCAGCCAACCAGCCUGCGGCCAAGGCCUAAAUAUACCAUAUACCAUAUUUUUGACGUCUUUAAAGGCGGCUGCUGCAACAUCAAGCAAAACGCAAUCGAAAUCGAAAUCGAAUGUCAAUGCGAUAACAUACAAAAAAAAUAAAUAUAUAUAUAUAUAUGCAUAUAUGUAUAUUUAUAUGUAUAUAUGUGUAUAGGAAAAUUGACAUAUAAUCGAAAGCACUUCGAAAGGAAAAAUUAAUAGAAACGGCGGCGGCAAAAUCAGCAGCAUCAAGCAGCAGCGGCGGCGUUUGUGGUAGCCGAUUAACACCAAAAUUUUAGUUCCGAAUACGAUGGACAUUGAUACAGAUCAGUCUAUCGAAGCAAUGGACACCCAAGAUACCCAAGAGGUCGAAAUAAUUACAAGUGACCUACAGCAACAGCAACAACAGCAACAGAAUCAACAACAGACAAACUCACCGCCACAAUUGCCGAAAUUUAAGAAUCUAAUACAUCCACAGCUGCAACAGCAACAACAACAACAACCGCAACAGCAGCAACAACAACAACAGCAGCAGCAGCAGCUACCCAGUGAGAACGGCAACGUGCCACCACAGCAAUUAUUGGCAGAGAGCAGCUCGACAUCGUUCGGGAACGAGCAGGAGAUACCAAUGGACGAGGACGCAAAGGAGGAUCAAUUCCGUUCGGAGACAACAUUCUCCUAUACCGUGGAGAAUGUUGGCCAGAUCAAGCAACAGCAUUUGUCGCCGCCGGUCUAUGUCCGUAUGCUGCCAUGGAAGAUAAUGGUUAUACCGAAUGAUCGAGCAUUGGGAUUCUUUCUGCAAUGCAAUGGCGAGAAUGAUUCGCCCACCUGGUCGUGCAAUGCAAUUGCCGAGCUGCGACUCAAAUGCCACAAGGCCGAUUCACCGCCAUUUACACGGGCGAAAAUCAAGCAUUUGUUCUACUCGAAGGAGAACGAUUAUGGCUAUUCGAAUUUUAUAACAUGGCAGGAGCUGCAGGAUCCCGAUAAAUACUAUGUGCACAAUGGUAGCAUUACGCUUGAGGUGCAUGUAAUUGCCGAUGCUCCGCACGGCGUAUUGUGGGACUCCAAGAAGCAUACCGGCUAUGUGGGCCUCAAAAAUCAGGGCGCCACCUGUUAUAUGAACUCACUGCUGCAGACGCUCUAUUUUACGAACUCGCUGCGCUUGAGUGUCUAUCGCAUACCGACCGAGGCGGAUGAUAGCACCAAAUCGGUUGGGUUAUCGCUGCAGCGUGUCUUCCAUGAGCUGCAGUUCGCUGAUCGUCCCGUUGGCACCAAGAAGCUAACGAAAUCGUUUGGUUGGGAGACGCUCGAUUCUUUUAUGCAGCAUGAUGUACAGGAAUUUCUACGGGUGCUGCUCGACAAGCUCGAGUCGAAGAUGAAGGGCACGUGCCUCGAGGGCACCAUUCCUGGCCUGUUCGAGGGCAAAAUGUCAUCGUACAUUAAAUGCAAGAAUGUCGACUAUAAUAGCACACGCUACGAGACCUUCUACGACAUUCAGCUAAAUAUCAAAGACAAGAAAAAUAUCUACGAUUCGUUUCAGGACUAUGUUGCAUCCGAGACACUUGAGGGUGACAACAAAUACGAUGCCGGUGUCCAUGGUCUUCAGGAGGCAAGCAAGGGCGUCAUAUUCACAUCAUUCCCGCCGGUGCUGCAUUUGCACUUGAUGCGUUUCCAAUACGAUCCGAUAACGGAUUGCUCGAUCAAGUAUAACGAUCGCUUCGAGUUCUAUGAGCAAAUCAAUCUGGACCGUUAUCUGGCGGAACGUGAGAAGACACCGGCCGAUUAUGUGCUGCACGCCGUAUUGGUGCAUUCGGGAGACAAUCACGGCGGCCACUAUGUGGUCUUCAUCAAUCCAAAAGCCGAUGGCCGUUGGUAUAAGUUCGAUGACGAUGUCGUCUCCAGUUGCCGCAAACAGGAGGCAAUCGAACAGAACUAUGGCGGCAUGGAUGAUGAAAUCUCGUUUCAUGCCAAGUGCAGCAAUGCCUAUAUGCUCGUCUAUAUACGGCAAUCGGAGCUGGAUCGUGUACUCGAGGAUAUACCCGAGAGUGAGAUAUCCAGUGAUCUGGUUGAGCGUCUCGAUUUGGAGAAACGCAUCGAGAUGGCACGUCGCAAGGAGCGCAGUGAGGCGAAUCUUUAUGUGCCCAUACACGUUAUACUCGAGGAGUACUUUGAGGCACAGCAGAAGCGACGUCUCUUCGAUGUGGAGAAGACACACCAGCGCCCGUUCAAGCUAAAGCAAAACCAAACCGUUAACGAGAUGGUCGAGAUGUUUGUCAAGGCAUUUGGGGUGCCACGGGAUCGGAUGCGCAUGUGGAACAUGUGCACCGCCCAAACCCAAAAGUUCCUGUACUUUGACUUCGAGGCAGAGGGUGCGCGCACCAUCGAACAGAUACCCACAUCGCAGAAGCCCUGGGUCAUAUUCCUUGAGCUGGCGCCGCCCGACAGCACUGGGCCCCUGUUGCCGUUCAAUCCCAAAACCGAUGUGCUGCUCUUCCUCAAGUAUUAUGAUGCGCCCAACAAGCGUCUCAAUUACAUUGGCUGCACACAGCAGCCAUUAAAUCGCCGCCUAUGCGAACUGGUCCCCGAAAUCAAUCGGAAGCUCGGCUUUGAACUGGACACCGAGUUGACCGUGUUCGAUGAAUAUGCCGAUAAGAAAAUACCCAACAUCAAUGAGCCAAUCGAGAGUGUCCUCUAUAUGCAUCAGGAUCAUUUGCAGGGGCCCAUUUUGAUAUUUGAGCGCGAGAAUGUUGAUGUCAAAUUGGAUCUGCCAACCGUUGAGGAUUACUUUUUGGAUUUGGUCUACCGCAUCGAGAUCAUCUUCAGCGACAAAUGCAAUCCCAACGAGCCAGACUUCACACUGGAGCUAUCAAAUCGCUACAACUACGAUCAGCUAACGAAUGCGGUAGCCGAACGACUAAAUACGGAUCCACAAAAGCUUCAGUUCUUCAUGUGCAUCAGCAACUUCAAGGAAACCGCCGGUAAUGCGGUGCCCUACACUUACAAGGGCAACAUCAAGGAUCUGCUAUCAUACACAAAGCAGAGCAUGCCGAAGCGUAUUUUCUAUCAGAGACUGUCGCUCAGCAUUCACGAACUGGAUAACAAAAAGUUGUUCAAAUGCAUUUGGGUAUCGAAUGAUUUGAAGGAGGAAAAGGAGCUGGUCCUCUAUCCGAAUAAGAAUGGCACAGUUAAGGGACUGUUGGAUGAGGCGGCCAAAUCGAUCACGUUUGCCGAGAAUAGUCGCAAAAAGUUGCGUCUGAUGAAGGUUGGCAAUCAUAAGAUUGUUGCCAUCUGCAAGGACGAUAUACCAUUGGAUACGCUAAUUAAGGCAAACGAAUCGAUAACAACAGCCCAGGGCACACAGAAAAUCUAUCGGAUCGAGGAGAUACCCAAUGAGGAGACACAGCUGGCGGAGAAUGAGCUACUCAUACCGGUGGCACAUUACAGCAAGGAUCUCUACAAUUCGUUCGGUGUGCCAUUUCUCAUAAAGGCGCGCCACAACGAACCGUACGGUGCUCUCAAACAGCGCAUACAGAAGCGCCUCAAUGUGCCCGACAAGGAGUGGGAGAAUUAUAAGUUUGCUGUCAUUGCCAAUGGUCACACAAACGAUGUCAAUGAUAAUUCACCGAUCGAUUUGGAGGUGUAUCGCACAUGGACGGGCGGACAGAUGCCGUUCUUUGGGCUCGAUCACAUUAACAAGUCCCGCAAGCGGAGUUCACUCAACUUUUCCGAGAAGGCAAUCAAAAUCUACAACUAAAAAAUCAAUCAACAAAUAACAAUAACAACAACAGCAACAACAACAAUAUAACUACUUCUACUACAACAACAAAUACUUGAAUAUUCAGCGUGAUAUUGUGUAUGGGUCAGAGUCAGAGUCAGAUUAGUGUAUGUGUGUGUAUGUAUCGACGUAACGGAGCCCAUCUCUAACUAUAUCUAUAUCUAUAUCUGUAUCUCUCUCUCUAUAUAUAUAUACAAACAUAUAUAUAUAUAUUUAACUAUUGAGCGAGGGCGUGACACGAUCAGACGGGGCAAGGCGUGGCGGCGGUGGCGGCUAUAACUUCCAGAACAAAGAGGACAACAACAAUAAUAAUAAAAUGACCACAAACACUUCCAACAGCAGCACUCGGCGAAAUAACUGCAUAAUCAGUAAUGAAAAGCAAAAACGAUUAUUUGUAUUUUAAAAUUUGUUGUGGCAUCAACCCUAGACAAAAAAAAAAAAAGAACCGUCAACAUCUCAGUUAAAAAUAUACUUCAUGGCAAACGCAAACAGUUUUGCUAUUGAAUAUAUAUAUA